GGCAGGGAGGGUUAUCACAACAGCAACGCCAACCGAAGAUGAAUCCUCUUUUCAGCCCAGCGCUUCACCAGCAAAGACACCAGUUUGUCAUCAAUUUUGUCAAGAUGAAGAAACCAAAAAUGGUGGCCGACUUGGGCUGCAACGAUUGCAAACUCCUGAAGCAGCUGAAGUUUCAUCGUGAGAUCGAGCUGCUGGUUGGAGUGGACAUCAACGGUGACGUAAUCAAGAAAAAGAUGCGUGGAUUAGCUCCUUUAUCGGCCAACUAUCUACAGCCUACUUGUGAUCAGCUGUGCGUUGAGCUUUACCAAGGCUCAGUGAUGCAGAGGGAUGCUCGACUGAGAGGAUUUCACCUGGUUACCUGCAUUGAGCUCAUAGAACAUCUGACUCUUACGGACUUAGAUCACUUCACGGCAGUGGUUUUUGGAUACAUGACUCCAUUGAGUGUUAUCAUCAGCACCCCAAACUCUGAAUACAACGCCCUUCUGCCUGGACUGUCGGGCUUCAGGCACAGAGACCACAAGUUUGAGUGGAACAGAGCAGAGUUCAGAUCCUGGGCCCUGAAAGUGUGUUUGAAGUACAGCUAUAAGGUGGAGUUCACUGGUGUUGGAGAAGCGCCACUGGGGAUGCAGGACAGCGUGGGUUUCUGCUCCCAGAUCGGUGUCUUCUACCGACUGGAAGGCUGCACCGGCUGUAAUGUGUUGCCCUGCAGUGAUGAAGAGGAUGUUUCUCCUUACACUUUGCUGUAUUCUGUAAAGUACCCCAGCCUGCGUGACAACAACACUUUGCGCCGAGUCCUGGUGAGUGAGGUGUUAUACUGGGCAGAACAACUGAAGAACAGGUGGAUGGAGGAGAAGAGCAGUGACAGAAACUAUAACUCUACCUUUAGUCUGACUGAGGAAAGGGCGGAGGGAUUCAACCCAACACAUGCGGCCAUAGAGGGAUGGCUGGCAGCAUGUGCAGAAGGCAUGGAUGGUCCAGUGGGCUGUUGUGGGACAGGUGACGUGGAUAAGUGUGAAGAAAUGCUCUGGAGAAACGGCUCAAAACUGGAGUCUGGUACAGGAAGUGGAUAUAUUUCCAUCCCUCUGGCUGUGCUGUGGUCCUGCUGCCCUAAAGUCAGUGAGCUGGGCGGAAGCCUGAGGAAUCUUAGACAUCUGCUGAUGGAUGAGCCUCACGUGAACAUGAGUCAGGAUGGUGCUGCGGUACUCGUAAAAUAUCAAGAACAAGAUGAAGAGGACGACGAUGCUUACCUGGAGGACGGCGAGUAUUCAGAGGCCAGCUGGUGCUCUCACGGUGUUGAGCCAGAGGAAGACUGGGAGACAGUUUGAUAAACAGGAUGUGGUUUUUUCAGUUCAUAGAUAAAAUAUUGGAAUCUACCCACGGAUUUAUGUGUAAGAAACUUUUCUGUAGGACAGCAGUACUUCCUGUUCAGCCUGUGAACUUCAAAUUAAGAGUCAUUUUGUUUUGGAUCAUUUCUAAAGAUAAACCUGUAAAAGGAACCGAUUUGGUCUUUAAAAUAAGGUACUGAGUAAAGGUGGAAUAAAAAUAAACCUUUAAAUGUGCAAA